GUCUUUGUCUCAGCUUGUGGCUCAUCGCGGCCUUUUUUGAAGUUGGCGCACACGUGCCUGCCAGUAUAUUAAGACAAACUUUAAGUAAAACUGCUUUGUCGGGUUUAAAGUCGACCAUUUAAGAGUCAAGUUGAGUUUUUUUGUCGUGUGUUGCCCAGCGGCCUCUAUCCUGACUUCGUGUUGGGAAAGCAACAUGGCCGCCGCUGUUUGUACAUACUACAUAUAGACAGGCCUCUCGAGUGGGCAGGGUAGGGAUACAUAUUGAAAUUACUAUAUCAUUCAUUUGUUUAUUAAAUCUUAUUAUGUCAUAAGACUUCACCUGGGUGCGCGUGCGCGACGCAGCCUUGUGUCUGUGCGUGUGCGCGCAAAGGCUUGGGUGUCACGGCCCUGUGCAGACUGGGGGGUUGGGUGGCAGUGCCGAUUGGCUGCAGCUCACCAACACACUCGGUCGCUCUCCGGGCUUGUUUUAACACAAACCGGAGGCCAGCACCUCGACAGCAGGCGGGGAUCAUGUAGUCAAUAAGCUAGCGGUACCACAGGGGGGAUCGCCGAUGGCUCGCUGACACGCGUCGCCGUCACACAUGGAGCCUUUUUGUAUGUAUUAGAAGUGCUACUUUUGUCUUCCUAAAGUGGCAGUUCGUGGAAAGGGCCGGUGCAAAGAAUGAGCGCCUUGCUUCGGCCUACUCUGGACCGCUGCUGGGAUUGUGCACAUCUGCGCACAAACACUUGCUUUGUGCCACAUAAUCACACAUUGGUUUCUCCGUGACCGACCACCACAAGGGCAGAGCCAUGACAUCAUGAGUCAGUCAUACAGGCCGGCUUUUCGCUCAGCGUUUGGCUCCCCCAGCCAACCUGAGCCGAGGCCUCACAAUGGCCUCAUGGGUGCUUCCUACAGGAGUCAGUGUGGCAUGGCCAAACUUAGGUCGGAGCAGCCAUCAGCAGUGCAGUCAGAGCGUUCCAACUGUUACAACCCGCCAAAGAGGCUACAUGACUUUAAUGCUAGAGUCAGGAAGGCUGACCUCCAUGCUAGGAACCACUUGCACCCUUCCAGCCCAAUCAGCGACUAUGAUGAUAAGUUUGAGCCACCGUCAGUCCAUCUGCCUCCCUCGCCGCGCAAUGGUAACACAGACUCCUUUGAAUCUCUGCCACAUGUCAACAGAAAUGUUUUCCCCACUCACAGUCCGGACAGUCCAGAGCGAUGUUCUCCCACCGCCAAUGGCUACUUGCAUUUUGGCUCUCCGCUGUUUGGCAGCAGUGAUGUUAAGCAGCAGCAUGACAGGGGCUUGCACAAACGUAGUGAGAACCUCAUACCCUUUCACCAGACGUGGGACUGCUCUGUUACAAGCUCAAGAACAUCAAGCAGUUCAAGCUCAGAUAAAAGGAUUUACAAACCUACUCUCUUCAAUCUCAUGUCCAAAACUAUAUCUGAACUCAACCCCAAUCUAAGCCCCAGCGCACUUCCAGACAUCACCAUGAGAGACGGGUGGAGCAUGGAUGAGGAAUCAGAAAGUGAUGGAGACCUUGCAUCUCCUGAUGCAGGGAUUAUUUCACCAACUGGCACCAACUCCAAUUCCAACAGCCCAAAGAAAAGGCCUGCGCCAUCAGUGCAACAUGUGGAAGGCGAUGUGGUGUGGGCUAAGUUCAACAGAAGGCCCUGGUGGCCAUGCAGAGUUCUCUCCGACCCUCAACUGGGCCUCCACACCAAGAUGAAAAUUCCCAGUCCUCGCCCCUGUCGUAUGUAUUUCCUGGAGACCAUUGGAGAAAUGGUUGAGUGUGCCUGGGUACCUGGGAACGCCAUUUUCCCUUUCCAUGGAAUGUAUCAGUUUGACGACCUGCCUGUGCUUCGACGGAGAGGCAAGCAGAAGGAGAAAGACUACAAGUACACGAUACCCAAAAGUUUGCGGUCUGCAUGGAAUGUCAGCGUGGCGGAAGCCGAGCGUAUGCGCUCUGCUCAACAGCUACACGCCAAGAGUUUGCCUGCAGUCUCUCUCAAUGGAGAGGAGGUUGAACUCCACCCGGUCCGUCCUGACAAACCACAGGAAGCCCCAUCUUUCACUGUAGAUGCAGCUCGACUCCCGCCCCCCAGGAGAAAUGAGCAACACGUCAUCAAAAACGCAGCAGAAAUGCAGUCCAAUAAGAGCUUAAAAAUGUGCAAAAAGAAAAAGAAAUGUCUGUCGGACAUAUUUGGCCAUAUUAUCAGUGGUUCAAAGGAGUCUUCAGGCAACACGGACACACUGGACGUUAAUACAACAAUCCAUGCAUUGAAACAAGAACCAGAGGGCUCCCCUUACAUGGAUCUGGAAACAGUUCCUGUGUUACAUUGUCCAAAACGUAUUGCAGUGUCCCCAAUGCAGGAACUAGACAGACCCUACAGGCAAGAGCUUGCACCAACAAAUGUAAAAACAAUGGUCGCACAAAUCCCUCAUCAUUCUACAGACUCACAUCUUUCUACUAGUGUUAUUAGGGAUGUCCCGAAUCGGGUAAGGGACGGGGAAGAAACGGCACAUGGUUCGAGCAAAAGCUUCCCUGCCAGUAGUCGUCUCAUGACGAGAGCCAUGGAAGCAAAUGAAGAGGUUGAUCUCCAAGAUGAACUGGCCGUGUCCGACUCUGAUGGACGUACUGAAACCCCCAGUGAUGCUGCACGGUUAAAAGAGUCUCCCUGUUGGGAAUCUGUCACUGAUGCAUCUUUCUCUGCAAAUCACGGCUCGCCAAAGAGGCGUGCAAGGAAGCCAGACAAGAAAAAAAUCCGUAUCGGCUCAUUGAUAACAUCCACAAGUGCACACCAGCGUGAUUCCUUUAUGCAACCUGGUCAAAUCAAGACAGAGAAUGUUAGCACAGAGGUGUCAUUAUCGUCCUCCCCCUCAGCAUUGUGCCCCAUGGACGCUUUCCGGGGUGUGAAGGAAGUCAUCUUUAAGUCGCUUGAUGAUGAGAAUUGUGACUCCAAGGUGACCUCCUUUCAUCCUGAUUCCAAUUAUAAGUUCAGUACGUUUCUUAUGCUUCUCAAAGACAUGCAUGACACCAGAGCGAAAGAAGGCAAGCCCCUGGUUAUCCCUCCAUCGCCACUACUGAUCAAAGAGGAACCACUGGUCAUUCCUUCACCGCCGUGCGCUGAUCCACUAAGGGGGUCUUUUGUGAGCCAAGGCAUCAAAACAGAGUUUGGACAAUCAGGGACAUUUUCAAAAGUGAAAAUCAAGUCCAGGACUAAAGCUAUCAUGUCAGCAGACACAUAUCAUUGUGAAGAUUUUCCAUUGCACACUGGGAACUCGGACAAACAGCGGCGAAAACAGAGACUUCCGGCCAAACUGAAGCUUGGACUACCUGUUGUUUCCUGCGACAUGGCUUUCGGCAGGGAGUUUGUCAGUGGCCAUGCUGAUUUAGCUGGAUCUGAUCAUCCUGUUCCUGAUGAUCCCACUGCCACCUACCUCGACAAGAUCUCUGAAUCCCCCGUGGCCCCAAAGAAGCGUUGGCAGAUGAUCGAGGAGAACAGGGCGGACGUCAAUUUUGAGAUGAACGGAUCGUACACUGUGAGAACGUCUCCCGAUGUUCACGUGGAAGCUGAGAGGCAGCUAGAGAAUGACACUUUAUCAGAGUCAGGCAGUGCAGCUGGAAAUUUGGAGAACAAACGCCUCCGUAAACCAACUAAAAGGCUCCUGGAGUCUAUCGAGGAAUAUGAACAAAUAUUUUCUCCAAUAAAGAAAUCCAAGAAACACACAUUAUCUGAUACGGAUCCCAGUGAUACCAGUGAAAUUGUGUCGCUACACCCAGAUAUCAUCAAACCGGAGACCAUUACCUCGGUGUCACCCCUUAUAGCUCCCUCUGCAUCUGCAGCAACAGAGUCGCAUAGUCCAUCUCAGGAUGAAUGUCCCCUUGAAGGGCCCCCCGUAUCCUCAGCUGCAAGUUGGCUUCCUCUAGACACUGACACAGCCCAGGAAGCAGAUCUACCUCCAAAAUCUGUUACGGACUUGGCAACAGAAAGAAAGAGGCCUCGGAAACUGUUGCACAAGGUUUUGGAUUGCACCAUUGAAGAAGUGUCUGCUCCUGUGAAGGUGCCAAAGUUCCCCCCUGGAGUUUUCUCUGAAGUCAAGGUGUUGGUCAAGAAAACUGUGAUACUUCAGAAGCACAUAUUUAAAGAAAACGUGGAUGGACCCAUAAAGAACGACAAACCGGUUCCCAGCACAUCUUCUGCCCCCGUUACUGCCUCAUCACCCUCAGAGGCUAAAGAUGAUCCAAGGGUUCUCACUCCAGAAAAAAAAAACGUUCUGUCGGGACCAAAGUCCCCUGAGCAGGAGAAUGAGGGGACACCCUGCAGCACAGAAGAGAAGCAUAACACAGACACUGAAACUCUCAAAGCUGAGGUGCUUUCUGUCAGUUUGUCUGACAGCCUCUCCUCCCUGGUGGAUGUCAAAGGGAAGAUAAGUGCUACUUCCUUAAAGGAGAAUGUCUGUCAGGUGUGUGAGAGGGCUGGAGACCUUCUGGUAUGUGACGGCCACUGCUAUGGAGCCUUUCACCCACAGUGUAUUGGUUUGUCUGCGGUGCCCAAGGGAAAAUUCCUCUGCCAGCAAUGCACCUCCGGUGUUCACACAUGCUUUGUCUGUAAGAAGUCUGGCAAUGGCGUGAAGCGGUGCAUGAUCCCACUGUGCGGGAAGUUCUAUCACACCGACUGCAUCAUCGCCUUCUCUGCCACGCAGCCACAGAACAAAAGCUUCCGCUGCCCAUUACAUGUUUGUCUGUCGUGUUACAUCACCAAUCCCCUCAACGCAUGCAACUCCAAAGGUCGCUUGGCUCGCUGUGUGCGCUGCCCUGUGGCUUAUCAUGCCAAUGACAACUGCAUGGCAGCCGGCAGCUUGGUGCUGGCCAACAACAGUUUCCUCUGCCCAAACCACUUCACUCCUCGGAAGGGCUGCAAGAAUCAUGAGCACAUCAAUGUUAGCUGGUGCUUCGUGUGCUCUGAAGGAGGCAGCCUGCUUUGCUGUGAAGCCUGUCCUGCUGCUUUUCAUCAGGAAUGUCUUAAUAUGGAGAUGCCUCAAGGCAGCUGGUUCUGCAAUGACUGCAAAGCGGGGAAGAAGCCCCGUAUUAAGGAUAUACUGUGGGUCAAAUGGGGAAGGUACAGGUGGUGGCCUGCUGAGGUGUGUCUGGCCAAAGAUGUCCCAAAUAACAUCUUGAGAAUGAAGCACGAGGUGGGAGAGUUCCCGGUGCAGUUUUUUGGCUCCAAAGAUUUCGUAUGGACUUAUCAGGCCCGAGUGUUCCCGUACAUGGAGGGUGACACUUACAACAUCGAGAAAAUGGGCAAGGGUGCAGACACGGUGUACAAAAAGGCCCUGACUGAGGCUGCAGAGAGAUUCAAAGAGCUCCAAACAGAAAAGGAGAUGAAGCAGCUUCAGGAAGAUAGAAAGAAUGACAGGAAACCUCCUCCAUACAAGCACAUAAAGGUAAACAAGCCAAUUGGAAAGGUGCAGAUCAUCACAGCUGACCUAUCAGAGGUCCCGCGCUGUAACUGCAAGGCCUCAGAUGAGAACCCAUGCAGCGUAGAUUCGGAGUGCAUUAAUCGCAUGCUGUUGUACGAGUGCCACCCUCAGGUGUGCGCGGCCGGGGAGCGAUGUCAGAAUCAGGCCUUCACGAAACGCCAGUACACAACGGUGGAGAUAUUCAGGACACUGUCGCGUGGCUGGGGUUUACGUGGCGUGUCCAACAUCAAGAAGGGAGCUUUCGUGAGCGAAUAUGUAGGGGAGGUGAUAGAUGAAGAAGAAUGUCGGGCCAGAAUCCGUCAUGCUCAGGAGAAUGACAUCUGUAACUUCUACAUGCUGACACUAGAUAAGGAUAGAAUCAUUGAUGCCGGACCCAAAGGGAACCAGGCUCGCUUCAUGAAUCACAGCUGCCAGCCAAACUGUGAAACUCAGAAAUGGACUGUGAAUGGGGACACCCGCGUCGGACUAUUUGCACUACAAGACAUCCCAGAAGGUGUGGAGCUGACUUUCAACUACAACUUGGAGUGUCUUGGUAACGGCAAGACCGCAUGUAAAUGUGGAGCACCCAACUGCAGCGGCUUCCUCGGUGUUCGACCUAAGAACCAGCCGCCUUCGGAGAAACUGAAGGAAGGGAAGAGGAGAGUGUCCAUGAAGAAGAAAACGAAGCAGGAGGUGACCAAGGAAAGGGAGGAUGAGUGUUUCAGCUGCGGUGACGGCGGCCAGAUUGUGUCGUGUAAGAAGCCCGGCUGCCCGAAGGUCUAUCAUGCUGACUGUCUGAACCUGGCCAAGAGGCCUGCAGGUCGGUGGGAGUGUCCGUGGCACCAGUGUGAUGUCUGCGGUAAAGAGGCGGUGUCGUUCUGUGAGAUGUGCCCCAGCUCAUACUGCAAAGCACACCGAGAUGGCAUGCUCUUCAUCUCCAAGCUGGACGGCAAGCUGUCUUGUAGUGAACAUGACCCUUGUGGGCCCGACCCCCUGGAACCGGGCGAGAUCCGUGAAUAUGUUCCUAAUGCCACUUCUGCAAAACAAGGCCCUGUGGCGUCGCCGCUCGCUUCCCAUCCACUCCCAGACUCUCGAGUUUCCACUCCCGUUGCCUCACAUGGCCUCACGCGUGAGCCUCCUCCUCGUCUCUACAUUAACACAAAGACUGCUACCUCGAGCUUUAUCCCCAGUAGCAGGUCUUACCUCACAGACAGGACAGAAGACAAAGCUUUGUCCAGCCCGACCUCCUCCAAAGAGGAGAGCGAGGAUGGCGAGAUGGAGGACGGGGAGGUGUGCGGGUUAGAAGUAGAUUUGGAAGAAGAAGAGGAAGAAGACGACGACGACCAUGAUGAUGAAUCAGAGGACGACAUGGAAGAGAUAGAGUUAGUGGAAGAUGAGCCAAUGUACGGAGACGGCUUGGAGGAGGAAGAGGAGGAGGUAGAUAACAGUUGGGGUGAUUAUGUGGAGGAAGAUGCUAUUGAUGACGACUUGGGAGAUGACUGGUGCCGAGUGGAGGAGGAUGACAAGUGACCCUCAAUAAAUCCACCUACUGUACUUGAAUGCAACAUUGCCUUCUGCUUGGUACAACAUUGCCUUCUCGUCGCAGACUGCUGCGCUGAUGCUGGGGAUGCGUAUCGGUGCUAUGGCUCGAGGGCUCAUUCACUCAGUUUCUUGUACUUUUGUUGAUAUUUGUUUAUUUGUGUCUGGUGCUGUUCGCUUCAGUUGUUCAUUCUUUUAAACAUUGUUUACAUUUUUUAAAAGAUAUUUGAAAUAUAAAAAAGUGAGAAGAUAUUUCUGACCAAACUGUAAUCACAAGGGCAUUUUGUUGUUGUUAUUGUCUCAACUUGUCUUCUUUAAAAAAAAAAACAAAAAAAAAAUGAAAGAAUGGGGGGCAAAGAGUGGUCAUUUAAGUUGUCUCACUUGUCAAUGUUUCCAUGGUAUAUUUUGACCCUGAUGCAAAAAUAAACACACUGGAGUCAUUGAAACUGCAAAACGUUAUUCCUGAAACAAUAACAUACUUUUUUGUACGUAAUAUAAAUCAAGUUCGAAUUUAUUUUAGCAGUGACUAGUUCGUGGCUGACCAGAAACAACAUAUCCCAAAGGU